GAGUGCCAAUAGUUUCUAUAUUUUGCAAAAUGAGGGGUUUCACUUUGUGAUGUUGGAAUUGGCCAUUGUAUCGCAUCGCAAGCUUCUGUAAAACCCUCCUCCCAGCUGUUCUAGAGAGAGAAAGUGAAGUUUUUAGAUAGAGAAUCAUAUACAUACAUUUCACAGAAGAGAGAGAAGGAACAAUAUAUGCAUCCGUACACACGGGAAAAAAGUACGAUGCCAAACCGAACUCUAUAGUGAGAAUCGAAACCCUAAAAGAGUACGCAAAUCCGUACGGCAAGUGAUAUGCAAAGCUGAUUUGGCCUAUGAGUAACUGCUGAACUGUUUCUCUUCCCCCAAUGGAGCUAAAAGUUUCAUCUCCGAAGGAUGGGCGUCUUUCACCUUCUGAUUGUCUCAGUGAUCCUGAAGAGAAAGAAAUUACUGAUGAUGAAGAUGAUGACCGUAAUCAUAAGCAUCGUAGACGGGAGACACGAUCUCAGUCAAUGGAGAGAGAUUCCGUGGAACAAGUUCUAACAAGGCCAUAUAGAAAGAGAAACAAACCUUUUGAAAAUGGCCAUCUUAGGGAAAACCAUUCUCAGUCAAAUGAAACCUGGAAAAGUUAUAAUAUGUCCCCUCUGGAGAAAGACCUGUCUACAAAGUUUGACAAACGACGCCCUGGGUUUUCCACUUUUUCUCGAGCUCCAAACAGGGUUAAUCAAUCAUCAUCUGCUGAGCCUGGCUCUGGUAGGGGUAGAGGUAGGGAAUCAGGUUUCUGGGGCCCACGUGAUCCUAGGUUCAGCAACGUUGAUAUUGCUUCUCAAAUGGUUUCACAGGGAUCAAGUCUGUUUGCAGGGAGGGGGUUACCAAAUGUUUCGAACUCACAGGGUGGAUCCUGGAAUGCAUUUGGAUUGAUUCCAGGAAUCCCUAAUGGUGGUAUGGAUACACUUCAUUCCCUUAGUUUGCAAGGAGCACUUGGACCAUCAAUCAGUCCACUAAAUAUAGGUCUUCCCCGCCAACGGUGUAGAGAUUUUGAGGAGCGUGGCUUUUGCCUAAGGGGAGACAUGUGUCCAAUGGAGCAUGGUGUCAACCGGAUUGUUGUUGAAGAUGUUCAGAGCCUUUCACAGUUCAAUCUCCCGGUCUCACUUCCAAGUACACACCUUGUGGGAACUCCCUCUGCUUUACCUUCUGUUAAUGCUCCUUCGAGCACAUUGAUACAUGGCAAAAGUCUACAUAACAAAAGCAGCAAGCAUGGAAUGGCAGAUGAUGGAUUUAGCAUGAAUGGUGUUUUCACUGGUUCAGCUGGUGGGGCUGAUUUUUAUGAUCCUGAUCAGCCUCUGUGGGCUAAAAAUGGUCCAGAAAAUUCAACAGCAUUGCUAGGACUAAAUUCAUCUAAGCUUGAUGAAUCAGAGUCUUUGUUAGAUGGACCUGACAAUGAAUACCUUGGGAGGAGUACUGCAACUGCUGCUGGUUCUUUAAAUGCAAGUUCAAAUGUCUGGGGAAGAAUUGGUGCAAAAACUAAAUUGGGAAUGAAAAAGAAAAUUGAUUCUACCAUGAGCUCCUCAAAUACCAUGGAAAACGAUGCAAAGGAAGGUCAGGAGGCCUUAACCAAUCUUCAGGGACCUACCCGCCAGGAGAAGCGGAUCAUUGCAGAAGACGUUGGCUCACAAGCCAGUGAUUUAUCUGCAAAGGUGCAAGGUGAUACUGGGCGUAUUACCCGGAAACCUUCUCAAAAAGCGCUACGUACUCUAUUUGUCAAUGGUAUUCCCCAAAAAGACAAUAGAAGAGAGUCCCUUUUUUCUCAUUUCCGAAAAUUUGGGGAGGUUAUUGACAUUUAUAUUCCAGUUAAUAGUGAGCGAGCUUUUGUUCAGUUCUCCAAGAGGGAGGAGGCAGAAGCUGCUCUGAAGGCACCUGAUGCUGUUAUGGGUAACAGGUUUAUCAAGCUAUGGUGGGCUAAUCGAGACAGUAUUCUCGAUGAUGGAACAAGUAGUGGUAACAAUGUAUCAGUAGCUCCUCGUGGAGUGGCAGCUGUUUCAUUGCCACCCCAUCUAUUUGUUUCUCAUGGAGGAAAGGAUAGCCUCCAAUUGUCCGCUCCGAAAGUUGGUGUUUCCAAUGCUUCUGUUGCUGCUGUGCUGCCUGCCUCUGAUCAUCCUAAGCCUGUGAUGACCAGCAGCCCGAAAGCUCCACCUCCUUUGCAAAAGAAGCAGGAGAGUUUAGAGUUUUUGAAGGAGGAACUCCGAAAGAAGCAGGAAUUACUUGAUCAGAAGCGCAAUGACUUCCGGCGUCAGUUGCAUAAACUUGAGAGACAAACCUCAGGUGUGAGAGGUGAUGUACCAUCUGAGCAUGGUGCAAAGAGACAUAAGCCUGCAACUGUAGCUGAUGUUGGAAAAGUUGCUACUCCCAGGUCUGCUGAAUCUGGUACUGUUGUAGCUUCGCCUCUAGCAGAAGUGAUGUCUGAAAGGAAUAAAUCUGCAGAGAAUGUCGAUCAGCAAAGCUCCAAACAAAGUACAUUCGUGGCCCCUCAGGAACCUUCAAGUUUGAAGCAUUCAAUUCGUCCUUUGGCACCUGCAGGGGCAUCAUUUGUCAUGAAUAGAUUCAAAUUGGACAACCGUCCCACGGCGUUUAAAAUCAUUCCGCCUUUACCUAUAGGCCUUGCAAAUGUUGCUGUUUUGAAGGAACACUUCUCUGAUUACGGAGAACUUUCUGCUGUAGAGAUAGAAGAUGUAGAGUCUAGUGACUCUCUUGCAUCCCAAAAUUGCUCAGCUCAUAUCUCUUUCACUACACGCCUGUCAGCUGAGAGGGCAUUUUUGAAUGGUAGAUGUUGGCAAGGUCACAAUUUGCAGUUUACUUGGGUGGUGUCUAGUAAUUCUAGCAAUGGCAAUGGUGUUCGAGAAAAUUCCCCUUCUGCUUCAAAGAUGCCUUCAGAUGCUAACCUUCAGCCUGCAGUUGAAGUCACACCCAUUGAUUACCAUAAUGAGGCAGCCUCAAAAGAUGGAGAAUCUAAUAUUUUGGAUAGAAAAGAAAGUGGUGGAGAGCAUAUGGUAUCAGAUGAGCAUCUGCGGUCCAGUUCGUCUGCAAUAUCUUGCGAGAAACAGUCUCCUAAAAGGGAUGUUUGUUGAGGAUGGCCUAAUUGUCGGGUUGUACAGUGAGGUGCUAGGGCACUUUCUGGAUUUGUAGAAGGCCCAGUAUCGUAUCUUGAAAAUGAAACUUUUUGACGGAGCGAGCCUGUAGAAGAAUGCAGAGAAUUUGUUCAAAAAGGUCCAUUGACUCAAACCUUACUCUCCUUUUUUUGUUCUUUUUUCCUUUCAGCGUUUUCCCUCUUGCAUUCAUCAGAAACGUUCUUAUUACGUGUAUCGACGUUGCGUUAGAGACAUUAUUUGUCAAUUAUUUUCAUCGUGUUGGAGCCUAUGGUACAAGUACUUUGUUUAGUUACUUUGGAAGGGCAUAGAAGAUGAAGGAACUGCAACUGAAUUGUAAUGGAAUUCGAACCUCGUUGACUAAUGCUGAAAGCACAAAUUUUGUACAGUAUUUUUUCCUAUGAAAUACUGUUUCUCC